GAUAAAUUCACAAUUACAGGCCAGCAGGACAAAGAAGAACGAACCGGAAAAGCGAAAUUCUUCAAAGAAAUGCAAAUAAAAAACCCUUCCUUUCCUCACUAAAACCUUUCCUUCCUUCCAGGUGUCUUAACCAGCAAUGUCUCAAGCCAUUCACCUUCUUCCUCACAACCCUACAGGCUUUGGACUGUCAGAUAGCAGAUGCAUACCUUGCUCUGGAGUUUCAGGACGAGCAGCCUCGUUCUCUUUUCACUCUUUAUGUGCUGAACAUAGAAUCAAUGUACCAGUCAAAUUUAGACCUCUAAACUGUACUUCGUUGGGGGAGUCUUUUACGUGCAAAGCCAGCUCAGGAGGUCACAGGAGAAACCCAGAUUUUCCAAAGCAAAAUAGGCAUGGCUUCUCAAGAAGCAGAAAUAGGCAAAAUGAGGAGAGAGAGAGUCUUGACAAUGUUGAUGAAUCUGAUUUAUUAUUGUCUAAGAAUGGACCAUUACUUUCCAUCUCUAGCACCCCAAAAUCCCAGGCCACCGCUACCCCAGGACCAAGGGAAAAGGAAAUUGUUGAACUUUUCAGAAAGGUUCAAGCUCAGCUUCGGGAGCGAGCAGCAAUGAAAGAAGAGAAGAAAGUGGAAGCUCAAGGACAAACGAAAGGGAGUGAGACAGUAGAUUCUCUUCUUAAGCUAUUGCGAAAGCAUUCCGUGGAACAAGGGAAGAGAAGCAGUGGUGGGGGUGGCAGCAGCAACAAGGACAUCAGUUUUAACCAUGUCAAAGAGAAUGGUCCUUACGAUGAAGGAAGAGGCUCAAGCUUUUUUGGACUAAGUCCCAAUUUGAGGGAGAAGGCCCAAAGACCCGUAUCAAAUUUCCAACGUAGAUCCCCCGUGCCUCGGGUGAAGUACCAACCAAUUUACCCUGGGGAAAGUAUUGUCAACUCGACCAAUGGUAUGAAUUCAAAAGGUGUGAAACCUAAUGGAACUGAUACAGGUUCUCAACUGAAAGGAAAGGUAUGGACUCGGCAAGAGUCGGAACGAGAGCACUGGGAAGAGCUGCAAUCACAAAGGGAGGCAGAACAGGAGCCAGAGCCGGACCAAGAGUUCGAAUUGGAACCAGAGGCUGAAACAUAUGAUCUAGAGCAUGAAGGUGAUGAAAUGGAGCCUGAACUUGUUAAUUUAUUAGGUGUGUCAUCAGACGUCGAUGACACGUUUGAGGAUGAUGUUAAAGACAAUGAGGAAUUUGCAAAGCAUGGUGAACAAGAACAUGAGGACUUGAACUCAUUGAAACUUGCUGAACUGAGGGCGAUUGCCAAAUCUCGUAGUUUGAGAGGGUUUUCGAAGAUGAAGAAGAGCGAGCUCGUGCAAUUGUUAAGCAACGGUCAGUAAGGAUGUCAUACUGGACAGGAACCUCUGGAUUUAGGUUGUUUAGGUGUUUUUUUGUACUUAUUUUUGUUGUGCUUAUCAAUCUGUUUGACUAGUUUUGAGUUAGAAAUUGGUAUUAGCUUUUUACAAACUCUUUCCCAGAUUGUAUAUCAGGCUAAUCUUCGCAGGUUCAGAGUACAAGUCAACAACAAUCUCUUCUUUUAGUUUUUUCUCUUCUAUUCAGACUCUUGUUCACUUAUAGGAACCAUUUUUUAAAGGGAUUUUUAUUGCUAACAUGGUCCUCAAGCGUUUCCAUCA